UACACACUGAGACUGAUCACAUGAUCAUAUGCAAAUGCAGCUAUAUACAGAAAUAGAUUUUCUAAACAGUAAGUUAAUUAGGUUAGCUAACUGGGUGACCAAAACAAAAGGUGAAUGGGAAUUCACACCUAGACAAUGGUUUGAUGAAUUAGGAGCUCACUACCGAGCAGACGGUCCGGCUCCUUCAAUGCACUACUGAGCAGACGGUCCAGCUCCUUCAAUUCACAUGUCUAGUUCAGAAUCAACAACUAGGAAUAGUCUUCAUAUGGCUGAUAAAUAUUAUUGUCCCAUCUGAAUUAAUUCAAGCCGCAUUCUCAACGUCCAUCAGUCACCCUGUGCCACUAAGAGACUCGGGGUGA